AUCAACAACCUACCUUACUUACUCUCCCACUUAUACAGAAUGUAAGAAUUAUUUAUUAAUGAGUAGAGGCCAUCUUUGAUGAGUGUAUACAAGCAAUAUUCACCAAGGGAUCCUCUCUUUACCAUUGCACAAUUGAAUGAAAGAGGCAGAGAAUAGAAGAUCUCAAGUGUGCUUAUUGUUUGUUGAUUAUGAAAGCACAAUUGAUUUGUUAGAGCAGAACACCCUUUACAAGCUGUUUUUCAACAAGGUGACUCACUGAUCUAUUAAAAUCAACCAGGAGUCUCAGAAUAACAUAACAAUAAAAACAGUCCUUUUUAAUGACCUUGUAAUCCCUGCUGUGGUGGAGAAGAAAGAGAGCUGAGCUCAAGUGGAGGAGCACCUACGGUGGAUGGUGAAGUGCUCCUUAUGCUCCUGAUGACAGAGGAUAUUGUGUGCCUUGUAUCAAAGCCUGCAUAGCUGUGCAGAGUCCAUUCUGGAAGAGAACUUCAGUCACUUGGAGUUUGUCCUGCCCAUGCCAAAUAGGAGAAGAGUGUCUGUUGCCCAGAUUACAACAUGCGUUUGGAUGGAUAACCUAUAGAAUUUUUCUAUCAGGAUAUUUUAUCUGGGACAGGCAGUGCAGAUUAACAAUGAAUGGGUCCCCCCAGAACUGAACAAGAGGUACAGAGCAGGUUGAAAAUGGCCAUGAACUUUCCAUGAAAUCAAAGGCCCACCUUCUUUAUAACAAUAUUCCACUGGGAUUUCUGUAGAACAACGAAACAUGGAAUACAAGUGUCCAAAGAAUUAAAAAUGAUCACACAGAGGGCAAUGUAAAAGCACAUGGUGGAUUUUUGGCUGUAACUUUUAGUCAUUGAGAACUUCAAAGAAGAACAAGAGUCAAAGAUGUCUUUGAGGAAUGAUAUGAUAACAAAACAUUAGCUGGCCACCUGGAGAGGAUGAGGGAUGAAGUAAGGAUGGAUAGAGGGUUCCAUUGGUAUCUUUAUAAUGUCAGGAGAAAGUGAAGAGGCCUUCAGAUGUUGGAUGGACCUCUUGUGAUCAUCUGUCACUGCUACUUGGGCACUUUGAAGUCCUAUAGAGAUGUGGUGGUUUCAGCAAGGACUCAGCUUUCUCCCUUCAGCCCUUGUUAUUUGGACAGCUGCUGCUUUCAUCUUUUCAUACAUUACUGCUAUAACUCUUCACCAUGUGGAUCCUGCAUUGCCCUAUAUCAGUGACACUGGAACAGUGGCUCCAGAAAAAUGCUUGUUUGGGGUAAUGUUAAAUAUCGCUGCAGUCUUGUGUGUUGCCACCAUAUAUGUUCGUUAUAAGCAAGUUCAUGCUCUCAGUCCCGAGGAGCCUCGGAUCAUCAAAUUAAACAAGGCUGGCCUUGCACUUGGAUUACUUAGUUGCUUAGGACUUUCUAUCGUGGCAAACUUCCAGAAAACAACAGUCUUUGCAGCACACAUAUGUGGAGCUGUGCUCACUUUUGGCCUGGGAUCCUUUUAUAUGUUUGUUCAGACAAUCCUCUCCUACAAAAUGCAACCUAAAAUUCAUAGCAAACAAAUCUUCUGGAUCCGGCUGAUGGUGGUCAUCUGGUGUGGAGUAAGUGCAUUUAGUAUGCUGACCUGCUCCUCCCUUUUAUACAGUGGCCAUUUUGGGUCUGAUAUAGUACAGAAGCUGCACUGGAACCCUGAGGACAAAGGAUAUGUACUUCAUAUCAUCACCACUGCAGCAGAAUGGUCCAUGUCUUUUUCUUUCUUUGGUUUUUUUCUGACUUAUAUUCGUGAUUUUCAGAAAAUUUCCUUACAUGUAGAAGCUAAUUUACAAGGACUGACUCUUUAUGACACUGCCCCUGGCCUUAUUAACAAUGAAAGAACCCAUCUACUUUCAAAGGAUACAUGACAGAGGGAGAAGCCAUAUCUGUGAUGAUCAUGAUUCUCAUGGAUUGGCAGAUUGUUCCUGAAAAGUAUUUACUGUGCGCUCAGAUUUCUAACCACUUUAUGAAGGCCAACGAAGACAUUGCUUAAUAAUGUUACUCAAAUGACGUGUAGUAAGCCAUUUGACAAGUGAUUUCAAGGGAUAUUAUCCAGAGAGGCAUUUAAAGCAUAUUCACUUUUUUUAAAUUUUGGAAAAUAAAACCAAAGGACUAUAUAUGUGUAUAUAUACAUAUACAUAUAUAUAUAUACACACACACAUAUAUACAUAUAUAUAUAUAAUAUACACAUAUAUGUAUAUGUAUAUAGCAUUGUAAUUUUUCUUCUUAAGUGGAAGCAACUGGAAGUAGGCAGCACAUUCUACAGAAAUCAGUUUUUUACAGGACACUCUGCGGAAAAAGGUUUUUCACAGCUUGCAAAUCAUUACAGUGCAUGUUUUGUCUGGAGCACCACGUAUCUGGUACAGGUAUGAGAGUUGUGUUGUUCAAUUCCUAAUUCUCAAGGAAUUUCUCCUAGAGUUUGGUCAAUAUCUCCUCUAGAUCCAGAGUUAGAUAACAAUGCCACCAUGUUAAUUAAUUAAGCUUUUUUUUUUAAUCACAAACUUUAAUUGUACAUGGCCUCAGGAUAGUCUUCAGCGUAAAGUUAAAGAAGCCCCAUUCAUUAAGCCUCUGAUGCCCCAACAGAGACUUGGUUCACAAUGUAAUCACCCUGGAUCCAGACAAAAGACAACAGGUCACAGGCCUUAAGUUCCCAAUGUCAAAGCAUUGUAUGAAGAUGGAUACUAUCUUGGUUUUGCCAUGAAAUAUUAAGACAUUUUCCCAGGGUCAAUCCUGCCUUCUUUGCAUAUUUACAGCAGCUUCAGCGAAUCUUGUCUCCGUCUGAGGUACAGCAUCUAACAAAGAUAACUGAUAGGUAUACUACAAGUAAAGAGGUUUGCUACGUUUUUUCACUGGAACAUGCUGUGUGUGUAUGUAAGUUUAAGUAAUCAGUAAUUAACCUUGUAAAAAGAUCUUUAAACUGUCAUGAUUUGAAUCUGCUUAAAGAACUAUGUAUGACUUCUAAAGAGCCAAGCCCAACAGAAAAGAAAAUCAGAUGGAGAAUAGUUAUGAUGGACCAAGUUUUGUGAACCAUUUCCACUCCUACCUUUUCAUUUCAUACCUGAGAGCAGACAGAGUCUUGAGUUUUCAAGGCCUUUUCCUGAGACCUUGGCUGGACAAGCAAAUCAUCUAUUAAGGUCCUUAGUCAUUUAUAAAAGAUGAAGGUUCUUAAAAGAAUCAAGAGAAGAGAAAUAGCUGCUGUGAGAGUUGCCUUUGAGUAAAUUGUUUUGCAAGAGAAAUGAUUGAACCCUCAGCCAUAAAUACAUAGAGAUUGUUGUGCAAAGCCAGAGAAAUUAUGGAGAUAAAGUUGCCUUUUACUUUUUACAUUAAUACAUAUUUCUGAUCUUUAAAUGAGACUGACAUUCAUAUCAGGAAAAAUCCAAAUAGGCCUAUUUAUACUUCUACCAUCAAAAGGCAGUAAUUUCUUUAAAGUGAUAGCUUCUGCUCAAAGUAAGACCACUGGUCACCCUCUGUGUAAAAUCACAAAAUUUUCAAUUUGUAGGGACGUUAGAAGUUUACCUGGUGUCAGAAUCCCCUCUGAAGUUUCCUGCCAGAUAGCCAUCAAUUUGUGCUUGAAUGAUCCACUGACAAGCUGCCUUGUGAUGUAAUGAUCACUUUAUUUCAUUUUUUUUGAAAAGCUGUCAUUGUUAUAAAGUUUCUCCUUAUGUUGAACCAAAAUCUGUUCCCAAUAUGACUUUAAGUAAAUAAUCUUAUGUUUAAUUUCACAUCAGGUACCCAGAGUCAGCCACCAUUUUCUCGUAAGCCAGACUCAAAAGGCCUUUGCCUGGUUCCAUUUAAAAAAAAAUCAUUUCGAUAGAUAUAGAUUUAUUUAUUUACUUAAAGUGUUUACUAGGGAGUUAGGGAGGAUUUGUCACUGAAAAGAAACUAGUUUAAAAAGCAGAAAACAAAAGAUAAGAAAUCUUUUGUCAAGAACUUUUCAUGUUCGAGUUCUUCAGGGAUCAGUACAUCUCAAUUAACAUUUCAGGGAAUUUUCUAGUUCACAGGGCAGUCUCCAAGUCUUGGAUAACAGUAAGGUUUUCUUAGCACUGAAAUACCAAAUGGAGCAGAAGAAUCUCACAGACCAACAUGAACAAUUAGAACAGUGGCAUUUAAGCCCUUAGCAUGGACAAGUGGGUAAAGUAAAGCAUUUGAGAAAGAUAUUUCAUGCUCUGCUUCUAAGAUCUGAACUGUUGAUUAUGACCCAGGGAGAGCACCUACGAGUCACUAGAGCCUGUUGCUUAAAAACAUUCCCGGUAUUAUGUUGCAUCAAAGAAGGCCAGUAAAGCCCUUAUAUCAUAAGGACACACUGGAAACAGAACAGUAAACACCACAUUAAAUAAAAACCUGAAUCUACAUCUGGAAAACGCAAUGUGGUACUGAUUGCUACCUCUUCAAGAAAAUUCCAAGUGAGCUACAGAAGGCCCAGAGAGGAGCAACUGGGAUGAUCCAUGAAUGGAAAAGCUUCUGUUUGAGGAAAAUCUAUUAAAAAACCUUAGGACUCGAGUUUGGAAAGAAUGAAGGCUGAGGGGGCAAGUCUUAUCAAUUUAUGAAAUCCGGAAUGCUCUGGAUAGAUGGGAGACAUCUGAAUGUGUUCUCAUGAAAUAUUGAAGCUCUCCUUCUUGAUGUCUGAAAGGUAGCUCUAAGACGAAUAAAAAGAAGGGAUACUUUUAAGAAUGUGCAAUAAAUUUAUGGAACUUAUUAUUCCUAGGAAUAAUAAAGGCUAAAGAAAAGAAUAUGUUCAAGAAGAAAUAUUAGAUAAAUGACAUGGUAGAUUGUAAUGAGUUAUUGAAGAAUGUUAAUAAAGUUUGGGAAUAUAUCCUUAACCUUUUCAGAUGAGCAUUGCAAAAGAUAAUCCUGCCUUUUCUCAAAGCAUCCCUAGUGCAAAUGUGCACUAAUGAAUAUUUGAGAGAAACAAAGUAAUCUGGACUGGACAAUGGACCAGCCUGUUGAGGCUUCACUCACAGCACUCACACCCACACAAUGUUUUCAUGUACUGCAUUCAGAGCAAGGUCUUUAAGUUAAUGCAGAUGGCAGCACACACAUAUUUUUAAUGAAUUCUCAACUUUUUCCCUGUUGUAAACAUCAACCAUAUUUGCUUCUUAACACUUGCUUCAAGGACCAAGAUACAGGUGGAAGAGAUGGAAAAUAUUACUGGAUUGAAUUUGAGGGGAGAAAGAAAGAAAGAGGGUAAUGUAGCUGUCUGGGCAGUUAACAGGAACAAAAGGACAAGAACAACAGCUAUGUAUGGGCAAUAAAGAACAAACAUAAACAUUGCUGACCAGCUGUGACCACUCCAAACCUGUGUACUAUGUGAUUGAGCCUGAUGUUGGAUCCCUUGGUUUCAUUUCUCAAAUAUUGUAAAUAACCCUUAUUGGAAGGGGAUUGCUUUUUCCUGGGUGGAUCUCUUGGUGACUUAACCUUUAGUAAGACACUGCCCUCAUUGGUUUAAACUGUCUACUUGAGAUUCCUUAAAGAACAAAGCCUCAGCCCCUUUCCCGGUCAUCCACAAUCAUAUUUGGAUAACAUUUCCAAUCCAAGAAUAGUUGACAAGUUCUCAAGAAAUAAUUGCUGAUCAAUAAAAUGUUGUCUAAGCAAUUUGA